GUGCCCUCGAAGCGCUGCACGCGGGAGGGGACUGCAGGAAAGGGCCUUCUCCGGGAACCCUCCGUGUGUCCCGUCAGCCACGUGUAGGGGGACCGGCCGUCUCGAGCUCCGCCUGCGCGCCCUCAGUGCUUACUCAAAAGGAUGGGAAUGGAGCUGGGACACAUCCUAUUUUCCUUUUGCUUGAAGUAGCCACCAGGCCUGCUGACUUUACUUUGCUAAUCCAGUGUAGUUUCUGCGUAUUUGAAAAUGGACGAUGAUGAUGACAUCCCCCAGCUUUCAUCCCAUACGUUGGCUGCCCUCCAGGAGUUCUAUUUGGAGCAGCAGCAGAGAGAAGGCAUGAAGACCUCCCAAGGGUUUAAUCAAUAUUCCAUUGGUUCAAUAGAAGAAGACUGGCAACUGAGCCAGUUUUGGUACAGUGAUGAAACUGCAUCGUGCCUGGCUAAGGAAGCAGUUCUGGCAGCUGGAAAAGGUGGCAGGAUAGCGUGUGUCAGUGCACCGAGUGUGUACCAGAAACUGAAAGAACAGGACAGUGAAGAUAUUUCUGUGUGUAUACUGGAGUAUGACAGAAGGUUUUCUGUGUAUGGAGAAGAAUUUAUCUUCUAUGAUUACAACCACCCUUUGGACUUACCUGAAAAUGUCCUGCCACACAGUUUUGACAUCGUAAUAGCUGAUCCACCCUAUCUAUCUGAGGAAUGUCUUCAAAAGACUGCAGAGACCAUCAAAUAUCUAACAAAAGGAAAGAUUCUGCUUUGUACAGGUGCAGUCAUGGAGGAACAGGCAGCAAAGCAUCUUGGUGUGAAAAUGUGCAAGUUUAUUCCAAAACACUCACGAAAUUUAGCCAAUGAAUUUCGAUGUUAUGUGAACUAUGCUUCUGGACUGGACUGAUUCUCCUAAGAUCAUCUACAGAUCUACAACAAGUCAAGUUUCUUUCUGUUUUUUGUCAGUUACACCCCAUUUCUCAGAGCUGAAAUAUAUAGCUCUGAGUACUGUUUUCUGAGAUAUCUGGAAUCAACAGAGUGUGAUAGCCUCUCUCUUUUAAAUGAGUAAGCAUUUGCAGUUACUGUGUUUCAUAUUAGGUGAAUGCAGACCAAGCAAUGCAGGUGCUGGAUAAUGGGAACUUCUCUGUUGGAGUUUCAUUUAAUGGUAGCUUUUACCAUUUGAGGACACAUCAGUGAGCUCUUAGAAGUGAUUUUAGCUUAUAGCAACACAUAGGUGUUUGCCUUGCAGGCAUCAGAAUCAUCAUUGCCAAAGAGUUUGAUACUUCUGUAGUAAUGUGGCCCAUACAUGUCCCUUAAAUCUUGAACCACAAUGGCUCUGAUUAAGUGUAGUGCUUGCUUUUUAAUAAUUUCAAUAUCAAACUAAAGAGGAUCUGCAGGUAUGUCAAGUUUAUAGUUACAAGAAUGGGUUUUUUUUCAGUUGUCUGGUUUUAUCUUUUUCUCCUGUUCUACAGACAGCAGCAGAGCAGUAGAAUAGAAGCAUCUUAAAAAUCAUUGAAUCUUACAAGGCCACUGAGGAAUAACAUAUUGAUAAACUCCCACUGUUUCAAAUAGAAAAGUGUUAGAUUUAUAUUCAAGGUUUGGAUUAUAUGUUAGUCAAAAUAGAUGAUAUGUUGGAAAAACUUUGCAUAAGUAGAGAUUUUUGAUAAUUGGGAUUUUUAAAGCCAGUUUUGACUAACCUUUUAACUACACUACUAAAGUAUUUUUGGCUGAAAGUUAGUUCAUAACUUUCAAGGCAUUCAACACUUAUAAUCUCUAAAAACACUCUACAAAACACAAGCACUUGUCUUUGUAUGCCACACUGUGUAAAGGCUAACCAAAAUGCUGCAUCUACAAACUGAAUCACAUAAAAUCAAGUACUAAAUUUAUUUUGUGGUGAGAAUAAACCUAAUUAAGCUUGUGAUAUGAGACUUUUUAUAAGGCAGUGAUAAUACUCAUCUUUCUGCUGUUUGAAUGCAGAUUUUCCCAUCUAGUGGAGUAAACAGCCGAGCAGAAAUAAUAUAGACAGAUUAUAAUCCUCCCUCAGAGAGGCACUCAGAGAAUGGUGCUGUCUGAGCUGGACACAACUGUGGAUCAUAAAUAUCCACCCAAGCCACUGUAGCUCUCCUCCCUAUUUUCCAAGAGAUCUGUUUGCUUCCCAAGGCUUUGCCCUCGUCAUAUUUUAUACCUGCUGCUUCUUUGCUGCAUAUAGUGUUCCAUGGUAACAGUUUUCUUCUUCUUUGACAUGCCUUGGUUUCUGUCAGACUGGUCACAGGUGUUGUUAAAAUGAGGGAAGUGCAGCAGAGGAAGUGCUCACAGGGAGAACAGGCACUGGCCUCUCCUUUCUGGUCUGUGAGCCCAGGGCCCAUACAGUCUUGGCCUUUCAAACCAGAUGCCAUCCUUGCUGCUAAGCCAGAACUCCCCUGGAAAUGACUGUCCACAGGUGAAAUACAUCUGGGUUUAGUUGUUUUCCAGGAGGCUACACCAUCACUUUUAUGUGGCCAGAUUGAAAAUAAAGCAAAUCACAAUUGUAACUGCAUAGCUGCUGGCACUGAACUGUACUUUAAACUGGUUUAUUACCUCGGUGUCUUCACACCAAGCAGAUGGAGACAAUGAAGUAACUCGUGAAACUUUGUUUUUAACUACACAGAGGCUUCAAGUGGGACAGGUAUGAUUGCUGGAAGGGAUGAUACUGUUCCCCUGCCACCCACCUAAAUUAGAAUGUGCUGUUCAAAUUGAACAAGCUUUGCUGCUUGGCUCACUUCAGUUUGGUAAAUGUGUUAUUGGGCUCCCCAUAGCAAGAGUUAAAAGUCAACUUGGCUAACUUCAUCAGAGGUAUUUCUUAAAAAGUGCACCAUUCAGUUGUACCAAGAGGCUCACUUCCAAGAAAAUCACUGCUGCUUCUCACAUGUAGGUCAGACCACUUUGAAAAGGGGCACUGUGAAGAUGCAUAGUUAUGAAACUGAGGGUACAUGAAAAUCUGUGCAGAUGCAUUCAACACAGCAGCCUGUUGUCCACCAAUUUCCCUCUUAAAAGCCUGGAGAGUGCAGGCAGCUGCCCAAGCAGAGCUUGACUAGUGGCAUUUACAGCCUUCAUCAGUGAAAGGAGUUAAACUAUUUUAGUCAUACUUGAUUCCUGUUUCUGAGAAGGGUACAAGUCACAAAUAUCCAUAGUGAAUUUGUAUUUUGUGCCAGUGUGGUAACUUUAAGAAAUAGUAUGUGACAGCAAAACCCUCUUUUCUUCUGUAGCAGGAUUGUGAAUAAAAAUACCAGUGUCAAGUAGUGAUUGACU